CCAUUUUGUACCCCCAUCCCACCGGACCUGUGUGUGUGAGCAGCUGAGAGGGGGCUGAGUUGCCGGUGGGAUUAAAUCACAGCAGUACCUCAAACUGUGACCAUCCCCCUGCUACUGUCACCCAGCGUCCCUGCAACCCCGGGGACAAGAAACAACCUUGUCCCCACUACACCCAACGGUCCUGGCUGCCAUGGGGGCUCCCACAGGGGCAGGGCAGCGUGGAGGAGCAGGUGCAGUCCCCCGGAGGGACGGGGACAGGUACGGGCCCUGCAGACAGGGCAGGGAAGCAGACGGGAGAAGGCAGCCCCAUGUUUCGCAGGGCUGCAGCCCGCUCUCCCAGCGACACCCGGCGGGUGCUGCGGGAAGAGCUGCCAUGAGGCAUCCUGGGGCGGUGGGUCCUGGGAUGGGAGAGGGGGGGCUGCUGCUGGGAGUGACCGGGGGUCUGUCUCCUCACCCGUGUCACCUCCCCACCGGUGCAAAUGGCUCGUCCGCUGGCUCACGGCUUGGUCCCCGCAGUGUCCCGAGGUGGGACAGCUGCCUCACUCGGAGGCUCCCCAGCGCCCCAUGCCAACCCGUGACGCCGCAGAGAUCCCGAUGGGGACAGGGAACCGUCACCGGGUGACACUUGCACCUGCAAGAAGAGCCCGUGAUAGGUGGGACGCAGUUCAGGCGGGGACAAGGACAAAGUCCAGGACACCGCCAAGAAUAAUAACCCCCCGAGCUGAGGACUCUGCCAGCUGGGACCAAGACGAAGAGCAGAGCAGGGCCAGGCUGUCAUCCGUCCGCAUCCGGAGGUGGUGACGCGCCCGCCUAACGUCACUGCUCCGGCAGCCAGGACUGGCUCCCGCCCGCGUGGUGCUGCCGAUUCCCCAAAGCGCAGUGAGUUACCCUUGGGAGGUUGCCGAGGGACCGGUCAGACCGGAGCCCGUUUCCUGCCCGGCUCCUGCUCCAGCCCCGAUGCCUCCCCGCGGGGCCGGGGCCGUGGCGGGGCCGCUGCGCCCGCCAGGCUCAGCCCCGUGAGACGUGAGUUUCCUCUGGCGGCCUCAACGCCCCGGCAGGGGGCUGGAGACGGCUCUGCGCGACCGCGGGGGCAUGGAACGUAGGGGUAUGGAACGCCAGAGCUCUCCCCAGCAGCGGGAUGGGAGUGGGCAAGGGAUGUGCCCGGAGCUCAGGUGACUCAGCUGAGUGGUACGAGCAGAGGCUGGGCUGCUGGGGCCUGGCUCUUGCGGCCACCCGAGCGUGACGGGAUCGCGCGGGUCCUGACUGGGAAGGAACGGGCGCUGCCUCGUCCUGCCCGGCAGAUAAAGUACGGGAGCUACGAGGCGUCCAUUCCCAGCAGAACAGCUGCCCAGACCACUCAGCCCCCAGCACAGCAGCGUCACUCCCAGGCCCAGGCACCCAGCCCUGAGACAUGGCACUGCUCACCCACCUUCUGGCCUGUGCCUUCGGCAUGGGCUCCUGGGUGGCCAUCAACGGGCUGUGGGUGGAGGUGCCACUGCUGGUGACAGUGCUGCCGGAGCAGUGGUACCUCCCCUCCUACAUUACCAUCAUCAUCCAGAUGGCCAACGUGGGACCACUCUUCGUCACCCUCACGAAUCACUUUCGGCCCGGCUUGCUGAAGGAGGUGGCUGUUAUCUAUGUGAUCAUAUUCGUGGGUGUCAUGGCCUGCUUCCUCCUGGCUUUCCUCUGGAGCCACACAUCUGUCAUUGCUGGGACGUCCCACAGCAUCCCCUUCCUAAUCCUUACCUUCUUCCUGGCCCUGGUGGACUGCACCUCCUCUGUCACCUUCCUGCCCUUCAUGACGCAGCUGCAGCCCCAGUACAUGAACACCUUCUUCAUAGGCGAAGGGCUAAGUGGGCUGAUUCCUGCUCUUGUUGCCCUGGGCCAGGGCUCUGGUAUCUCCAGCUGUGCCAAUGUCAGCUAUGAGGUCAACAUCACCACCGGCAACGAGACCGUGGAGAGCACCCUCUUCCAGCUGGAGACCCGCUACCUCCCACCCAACUUCUCCACCUUAAUCUUCUUCCUGCUCAUGACUGCAAUGAUGCUGACCUGCUUGCUGGCCUUCUUCCUCCUCACCCGACAGCCCAAGGUGUGGGAGCUCUCUCAGCAGCACCUCUUUCCCAGCAACAUUGUGCUGAACUCAUUUGACCAGAUCCUUGACGAGGGAGCUGACUCGCAGCUGGGCAGAGGCUGCUCAUGCCCAAAGGAUCCCAAGGGACCUGGGGACAUCAUGCCACAGAAGGUCUUCUACUCCCUAGCCCAGCUCAGCCUGAUCUACCUCCUCAUCACCUGGGUGAGCGCCCUGACAAACGGGGUCCUGCCAUCUGUGCAGUCCUACUCCUGCCUGCCCUACGGACACACCACCUACCACCUGGCAGCCACACUCAGCUCCAUGGCCAACCCCCUCGCCUGCAUUGUGGCCAUGUUCCUGCCCAACAGGUCCCUGACCCUGAUGGUCAUCCUCACCAUGGCAGGGACAAGCUUUGGUGCCUACAACAUGGCCAUUGCAGUGAUGAGUCCCUGCCCAUUCCUCCAGCAGUCCCAGUGGGGUGAUGCCAUCAUCGUCCUCUCCUGGGUGCUGUUCACCGGGACACUCUCCUACAUGAAGGUGAUGGCUGGGGUGAUCCUGCGGAGCCGCAGCCGCAGCGCGCUGGUGUGGUACGGGGUGCUGGAGCAGCUGGGCUCCCUCCUCGGAGCACUGGUCAUGUUCCCCCUUGUCAACAUCUACAGCCUUUUCAAAUCUGCUGACUACUGCAGCCUGCAGUGCCCAGCAUGAGUAGGGUGGACACCCCAAGACCGCUGCUCUUGCCAGCAUGAACUCCAGCGAGGCUGGCUGGCUGGGAAGCAGUGCUGGGACCAGGACAGCUGCAGACAUGCUGUGGGUCUGCAAGCUCCCUGAUGGGCUCUGCCAGGGAGCAGCACCUCCAGGGCUUUGUCCCCAGCCUGGGCAUGGGGUGUUCCCAUCAUGUGAAAGCAAUAGAAGGUGUUUUACUCAGCCCUCUGC